GGAGCCAUGAGCUGGAGUUUACUCCGUGAUGUUUUGAGUGGAGUGAAUAAAUACUCCACUGUUGUGGGGAGAAUCUGGUUGAGUAUUAUGUUCAUAUUCCGAGUCCUUAUCUAUGUGGUGGCUGCAGAACGUGUCUGGAAUGAUGAACAGAAGGAGUUUACCUGCAACUCAAGGCAAGUUGGUUGUGAAAAUGUAUGUUUCGACUACUUCUUUCCAGUGUCGCACUCAAGACUUUGGGCACUGCAACUUAUCUUGGUUUCUACCCCUUCUCUUCUGGUUGUCAUGCAUGUAGGUUACAGGGAACACCGAGAGAAGAAGUACAAAAAAAAGCUGUACAAAGACAAAGGGAACAUAGAUGGAGGUCUGUGGUGGACCUAUUUCUUUAGCCUAGUGUUCAAAACAGGAGUUGAGUUCAGUUUCCUGUUUGUGCUGGCAUGGAUGUACGAUGGGUUCAUUAUUCCUCACCUUUUGAAGUGUGAGAUCAAACCUUGCCCUAAUGUGGUGGAUUGUUUUGUUAGUCGGCCAACAGAAAAGACCAUCUUCCUCUACUGCAUGGUUGCCUCCUCGGUUCUGUGCAUACUGCUAAACAUCUGUGAGAUGAGUUACCUAAUCAUAAAACACUGCAGAGAUAUGUGUGAAAAGAGAUCUGUCAAGCAGGAAAAACGAUUGAAAUGUGGAUGCAGUCCUUUAGAAAUGAAUCAGCCUCAACGAAAAGGACUUAAAAAUGGCACUUUGAGGUCUUCUGUAAGUAUAUGCACGUUGUAAAAUCAGAGCAACAGCAAUACAAUCUUUGAUAUUACUAAUGAAAGCUGAUUUUAGAACAGAGACUUCGGUGGACAGUUACCUGCUAUUUAAAGAAGUAAACAAAACAUGAAUUAUUGCAUUAAUAAACACAGAGAAUGCCAGAGAAACUCAGCAGGUCUGGCAGCAUCUGUGGAGAGAGAAACAGAGUUAACGUUUCAAAUCUAAAAACACUUUCCCAAACUUUCACAGUCAUGUUGGACUUGAAGCGUUAA